GCAGUGGGAUUUGGAUGGUUGUGCCGCAUCCGGUCAUGCGAUAUGACUGGGUUAAGACAGCGCACGAGGGAGGAAACUUCGGCUCAUUUCGCCGUGCGAAUCACGGAGUCCGCUAUCGACGAAAAUGAGUGGUACUGGUUCAAUAUCCGCGACGAUGUGAAAUACAUCGUCGCCAACUAUCCAGUCUGCGCCGCUGAUAAAGCGUCGAUUCAGCCACCGAGAUCGAUAGUGCCUACGGUAGUUGAACAGCUAUUCCAAAGAGUAAGCAUGGAUACUACCGACAUAGUAGUGCCCCCUGGUCCUAAUAGUUUGCGGCCCGGUCAUCAGGAGCUUAUUGCGCAAGAGCUCACGAUCCCGGUGGCGCAGCUGGCGGAUAAUCUCCCUCUCGACAUCAUCGCGCAAGAUGACGAGCAUUUGGUUCCUCACGUGCUCUCCCGCACAUUGACACUUUACCUUCAAUGGUCGGCUUGCGUAGAGGGAGCCGCAGAACGCAUCCCCCCGUCGCAGCAACAGUAUUUGGAUCCCCGGACGGCUCGCGGUCCUGCCUUCUUCGGGUACCCUACAGCGGAGCAGUUUGCUGCCAUUCGAGAAGUAGAGGAGGAGGAAGAGAGCACCAGGAGUGACGAAGGAGAAAGCACGCAGGAAGAAAGAGGGGAUAGCGACGAAGUGCUCGGGGAAGAGGACGAAACCCCCAAAGAAGGAAGCUAUAGUGAGCAUAGCGAGGAGGAACAGAGCGAAGAAGAAGAAGAUGAGGAAGAAGAAGAGGAGCACAAAGACGAGCCUGCUGGAUCAGAGUGGGAAGCCGUGCCGGAAGAAGCACUGUGUACAAGCACAGAGGCUGAAGAUCCCGAGGCAGCCCGCAAAAGAGAAGAGAUCGCGGCCAGGAAGAAGGAGUUACAACUCGCGAGCGCGGCGAGUGUGCAGAUCCACGACGACCCUAACCGAGAUCCAGAGCCGCCCCGACCUGAAGAUGGCGACCUCGCGGCCACGACUCCGACCCCAUCAGCGCGGUGACGGAGCCGAUCCCCCUCCUCCCCAACCCGUCCCCCAGUUCGUCGACGUACCGAUACGG